AUGCGGCGACCCGCGCUUCGCCCGGGCCCGCUGCUCGCGAUCGUCCUGACCCUCGCGUCCGCGGCGACGCCGCGCGCGUCCGCGGCGAGCGCGUGCUCCGUCGCCGCCUCCGGACGACCCACCGCGAAGGGUUUCGCGUGCGAGGUCGCGCUCGAUCCGUCCGCGACGCUUCACUGGACCGUCGGCCCGGCGCCCGCGACGGACGGCGUCGCGGCCGUCGCCGCCGACGACGUGUCGUUCGCCGUCGUCGCCGACGCCGCGAGCGGCGUCGUGGGGCUCUCGUUCCAGAGCGGCCCCGUCAUGGUCCCCGCGCGCGCGGUGAUGUCGACCGUCGACGCCGCGGGCGCCAACGCCGACGUCGCCGCGUACGCGCUGAACGGAUACAACGCGGCGGGGGUCGCCGCGGACGCGACGUUCGCGCUGUCCUCCGCCGCGGUCGCCGUCGAGGCGGGCGUCACGACGCUCGCGUUCGUCGCCGCGAAGUCGACCGUCGGUCUCGAGCGAUUCCGAGGCGCGUCUACCCUGCGCCGCGUGACUGGUCCCCAUACGACCGCGUUCGCGCGGCGCGCGCCGUUCCUCGAGGAUUCUCGCCGUCGUCUCUCCGCGUCCACCCCACGCUUUCAAUCCCUACGCGCCUCGACGCCGCCUCGCGGCUCCGACUGA